GCACAAAGUCAGCGACGGAGCCUGAGAAGAGAGGGAAAGGUCUUCCCGAGAGGUGAAAGCCAAGAGAGGAAGAUCUUUCUUGCUGAUGGUUGGGCCACCCUGCGGCAAGGAAGCCAAAGGAGGACAGGGCAGGGAGCGUCUGCAAUGAGAUGGACAUGCUGGGGAAAAUGGAGGGGACAAGUGUUAUUGCAGCGGUGAUGGGAGUUGGCCAGCCUGAAUUGGGUCACCGGUCACCUGGCUGGUCCGCUGUCUUCUCCGAUGGAUGUUAGAGGUGUGACAGGGGCUGAUGGUGGAGUCGUCUUCCAAAGGGAACCCCCCACUUCAGAAGGUUUGGGGCUGUGCCUUGGGUCACCAGAGAGGGCCCAUAGGAUUAUGAAUCGUAGCACUGCAAGGGACCCUGAGGGAUAUCUGGUCCAACCUCCUGCAAUGCAGGAAUUGCAGGUAAAGUAUCCCUGAGAGGUGGACACCCAACCUCUGUCUGAAAACCUCCAGUGAACUGCAGGGGGUCUUGUGCUUCCCUGGGAAGCAAAGGUCUCAAUUUUUCCCCAGUGCUUUUCUGGGAAACAGCCCAGCAAAGAUACUUCCCAGGUAAGCCCUGCUUUCAUAGAGGCCUGACUGGACGAGAUUUAUAGCAUGGUCCAAAUUUCAAGGAAGCCCCAGUGAACCUACUCCCAGGUAGCUGGAUAUGUGAGAACAGGAUGCUGCGUGAUGGACCGUCGGCCCGAUCCAAAAGGCUCCUCCUGUACGUUCUGAGGGGAUCAGAGCUAUUAGUUUCCAAGACGUCAGAAACUAUUGUCACAAAACUUUGUGGGGUGGGGGGAAGCAACAUUCACUGUGACAGCAAGUGACUUGGUUUUUUGGGUUAUUGUUUAAAGGGAAAAGAGUCAGUGGGAUCUGGACCAUGCAUGCAGGAGCGCAGAGUACACGCAGGAUGGGACCUUGCCAAUUUAUGGGCUGUAGAUCUCUUGACUGUUCUUUCCUUCCAGUGAACCAGCAUGGGAGGAGAACAGUGAGGAGAGGUUUGGGUGACCCUCGUGCGUCAUCUGUGAAUGGAUCAGGAUGCGGGGAUCUGCCUGCUGCCAGAGGUCUCCGUGCCCAAAAAAUGCUGGUGCCAUCAUUAAAGUGUUCAUCCUCCUCCUGUUCUGCAGACACGGUAAGGGGCUUGGCGCUUGGGUCAUUCGUCAGAGAAAGUUGCAGCUUUGGUGGGCAUGGAAAGGAAGGAAGGAAGAAAGGGAGGAAGGGAGGAUGGGGCUUGGCUUGGGAGGGCCCCUUUGUAUCCUCAGUUGUAAGCAGGUCUACUCGGGCGCAAGGUCCUCUGAGUAAGUGUGCCUAAAAAUGCCAUCUUGAACAUAAUAAUAAUAAUUUAUUAUUUAUACCCCGCCCAUCUGGCUGGGUCCCCCCAGCCACUUUGGGUGGCUUCCAACAAAACACUAAAAUACAGUAACCUACUAAACAUUCAAAGCUUCCCUAAACAGGGCUGCCUUCAGAUGUCUUCUAAACGUUUGGUAGUUAUUUUUCUCUUUGACAUCUGGUGGGAGGGCAUUCCACAGGGAGGGCACCACCACCGAGAAGGCCCUCUGCCUGGUUCCCUGUAACUUGGCUUCUCGCAGCAAGGGAACUGCCAGAAGGCCCUCGGAGCUGGACCUCUAUGUCCAGGCAGAACGAUGGGGGUGGAGACGCUCCUUCAGGUAUACUGGACCAAGGCCGUUCCCCGCUUCUCAAUCCCAGAAGUUUGGUGGUGGGCUACAGCUGCUUAAUGGUGAAAGAAUAUUACUCUGUGCAUGCCCAGAGAUCACCCACCCAACCUCAGGCCGAACCAUUGCCGUAUUUCAUGCUUAAGAACGUUACCACAUCAUUUCGUGUUUCAUAGAUGUAGAAUACAAUCCUGUGGCUGAAGAGGGAGAGUCUAACCUUGGGGAGGAGAGAUUGUUGUGGUUUUUUUUGGUACUUUUCAGAUUUAUGCAUUUCACUGAUUUUACAAUCAUGUUGACAUUUCAAAACUUCACUUCCUUCCCCCUCUUUCUGCAGUUCCUUAAAUUUAUUUUUAAUAUAUUCUGCAUAUCCAAAUUAACUUAAUUUGCUCAUAUAUUCAUCUUCUUUAAAUAUAUACUCCUAUGAAACUGCAGGUUGUUACAAUAAUCCUGCCAAUGUUUUUAUCCAUUUACAAUUUAUCUAUAAAUAUCCAAUAAACCAUUUCCAUUCUUUUAUUAAAAAGUUUGUUUUCUUGAUUUCUUAUUCUUCCGUUAAGUUUCAGCAUUUCUGCAUACAGUGGACGCUUGGGUUGCGAACGUGAUCCGAGAGGGAGGCACAUUUGCAACCCACAGCGUUCGCAACCUGCAACCCGCGUGUCUGCACACACGCGGAUCAUGAUUUGGUGCUUCUGCGCCUGCACCAAGCACGAUUUAGCGCUUCUGCGCAUGUGCAAGCGCUGAAACCCGGAAGUAACCAUUCCAGUACUUCUGGGUUUGGCGUGGUGCUCAACCCAAAACCGCGCAACCCGAAGCGUCUGUAACCCGAGGUAUGACUGUAUUCCACAAGUUUUUGUAUCCAUUCUUCCUUUGCUGGAACUUCUUCUUCCUUCCGUUGUUGGACAAGUAACAUUCUUGCUGCUGUAGUCGCAUACAUGAAUUCUUCUUUUUUCUUUUUUAAAGAUGAUCUUUAUUGGUUUUUUACAAUUACAUACUAUACAUGUCAAUUCAACGACAUGAAUAAGUUUCUAUACAGUUUAGGUAGUUCUGUCCCUGUAAAUCCAAAGAGAAAAGCUUCUGGGGUUUUUUUUAUUUUUUUACAAACUUUAUUUUUUUAUUAUUUUUAAUGAUUUUUAUUAGGUUUUCCAAAAACGAAAAAACUAAAGGGGAAAAAACACAGACAACAUAAAAGUGCAAUAUAUAAAAAACUUAAAUAAAACAUUCUUUUCAACUAUACAUAUUGUCAGCUUAUCUACUUGCGUUAUAUCAUGCCUCGACUUCCCUCCUUCCCAGUUUCGGUUUUCUUAUUGUUUCUUAUCUUUUGCAGUUUCUUCAUAUUCUUUACAUAUAUAUAUAUGUAGGGGAGCGUGCUGGACGCCAAGAAUAAAGCAAUAAAUCUACCUAACAAAAUUUACUCCAUUCCUCUACAAACUUUGAUCCUUUUUGGUUUCUAAUCCUGUGUGUUAUUUUCGCUAAUUCCGUAUAUUCAAAUAGUUUUACUUGCCAUUCCCUGACAGUUGGAAUUUCUGGUGUCUUCCCUUUUUGCGCUACUAAAACCCUAGCUGCCACCGUUGCGUACUGAAAUAGUCUAUGAUCGGCUUUUUUAAUUUCUUCUCCUAUUAUGCCUAAUAAAAAUGCCUCCAGCCUUUUUGGAAAGGUAUACCUAAAAAUUUUCUUUAAUUCAUUAUAUAUUAGUUCCCAGAAUCUUUUCAUUCUCUCGCAUGUCCACCACAUAUGAUAUAAGUCUCCUUCUUUGCUUUUACAUUUCCAACAAGCCUUGUCUCCCGUUUUAUACAUUUUUACUAAUUUAACUGGCGUAACAGACCACCUGUAGAUCAUUUUUUCUAGUUCUCCCUUAGUGUGGAACAUGCCGUAAAUUUCAUACCCUUAUUCCAUAAAUUCACCCAUUUAUCAUAAUCUAUAUUAUAACCCAGGUCAAUUGCCCACUUUACCAUCACCUCCUUAAUUUCCUCAUCUUUGGUGUCCCAUUCCAGUAAAACAUUAUACAUCUUUGAUAAGAGUUUUGUUUCCCCUUCCAAAAUUUCUGUUUGAUAUUUAGAUUUUUUUCUCACUAAAUCCUAAUUUUUUAUCUUCGUUCCAUAGCGCAUUUACUUGAUGAUAUCGUAUCCACCCUGUCAAAUUAUUUUUUAAUUCCUCAUAUGUUUUAAUUUUCCAGCCUCUCUCUGUUUUUACUAAAAUUUCCUCAUAAGUUAAUCUUUUUCCUUCCAUAUUCGAUUUUUUUAUUGUUAGUAUAUCUAUCGGUGAGAUCCAUCAGGGUGUUUUCCUUUCUAAUAAUUUUUUAUUUUCCCCCCAAACUUCCUAUAAGGCACCUCUAAAGAUAUGAUUCAAGAAACCUUUAUGAACCUUAACCUUAUUGAGCCAUAAAUAAGAAUGCCAGCCAUAUCUGUUGUUGAAACCUUCUAAGUCCAAUAAAUCCGUAUUUUCUAAUGUGAUCCAUUCUUUGAUCCAACAUAAACAGGAUGCUUCAUAAUACAAUUUUAGAUUUGGAACCAUGAAUCCCCCUCUUUCUUUCUGAUCUGUUAACAGUUGAAAUUUGAUUUUUGGCCUCUUUCCCUGCCAGAUGAAUUUUGAUAGUGUUUUUUGCCAAUCUUUAAAUUGUGUUACUCCCUUAAUUACUGGAAUUGUUUGAAAAAGAAACAGCAUCUUACAAACUUUAUUUUAAACAUCCAUUUCAUUUCAUUUCAUUUCCCAGUGAAAUUGGGGAGGAGAUUGUUGGCAGGUAGAGCGAAGAAGGUUGUGAUGAUGUGGCACUGAUUUUCUUCUCCCCCCUUGCCCCCCAUUGUGCAGCUGACUCACAGUGCAAGAUCUUGCGCUGCAACUCCCAGUAUCUGGCUGCCACGGAGAACCUGGACGACUCGGACGCGACGGACGCUCGCUGCAACGCUUUGCGCGCCUACUCCAGCUGCACACGCCGGACGGCCCGCACCUGCCGCGGGAACCUGGCGUACCACUCUGCUGUGUACGGCAUCGAAGACCUCAUGAUCCAGAACAACUGCUCCAGGGAAGGACCCACUUCCCUGCCCCAGCCGCCCCAGCCGCCCCCCGAUCACCAGGGCUUCGCGUCCCUGGACAUCUGCGACUACGAGAAGAGCUUUGCCCGCAAGCACAGGCAGGCCCCCGUGUACCAGCACUGCGCCGCCUUUGGGGACCCCCACGUGCGCACCUUCAGGGACCAGUUCCACACCUGCCAGGUGGAGGGUUCCUGGCCGCUCCUGGACAACAACUACCUGUAUGUGCAGGCCACCAGCUCUCCUGUCGUGAAAGGGUCAAAUGCUACUGCCAUCAGCAAGGUAACAACGGAUCCUUCGAGAAGCUGCUCUUCAGCUUUUUGAUUGGCUUGUGCCGGUGGUUCAAGAGGGUACUGGAGUCCCACAAUAUCUCUGGAGGGCAGCAUGUUGGGUCAAUAAUAAUAAUAAUAAUAAUGAUGAUAAUGAUAAAUGUCUCGGUGGCUUCCAACAGAUUCAGAAGGCAGCCCUGUUUAGGGAAGUUUUUUCUGUUUGAUGUUUUAUUGUGUUUUUAAUCUGUUGGAAGCUGCCCAAAGUGGCUGUGGAGGCCCAGCCAGAUGGGCGGGGUAUAUACAACACAACACAACACAACACAACACAACACAACACAAUACAACACAACACUGGACAUUUAAAACUUCCCAAUAGAGGCCUGUUUUCAGAAAGUUGUGUAGAUGGGCUGGGUAUAAAUAAAUAAUAAUAAUAAUAAUAAUAAUAAUAAUAAUUAUCAUUAUCAUUAUUACACUGGUACCUCUGGUUGCGAACAGGAUCCAUUCCGGAGCCCCGUUCGCAACAUGAAAAGAGCGCAACCCGCAGCAGCACGUCUGUGCACACACGGGUUGCAAUUUGCCACUUCUGCGCAUGCACGUGAUGUCAUUUUGUGCUUCUGUGCAUGCGUGAGUGGCAAAACCCGGAAGUAACCCUUUCCGGUACUUCCGGGUCGCCAUGGGACGUAACCUGAAAGAAUGUAACAUGAAGCAGACGUAACAUGAGGCAUGACUGUAUUAUUAUUAUUAAUUGACAUACGUUGGGAAAGCUUUCUACAAGGUGGGCAUCACUACUUCUGCCUGGUUCCCUGUAACCUCACAUCUUCCAGUGAGGGAACCUCCAGAAGGCCCUCAGAGCUGGACCUCAGUGUCCAGACUGAGUGAUGGGGGUGGAGAUGCUCCUUCAGGUAUACUGGACCGAGGCCGUUUAGGGUUUUAAAGGUCAACACCAACACUUUGAAUUGUGCCUGGAAACGUACUGGGAGCCAAUGUUGUUCUUUCAAGACCGGUGUUAUGUGGUCCCAGCGGCUGCUCCCAGUCACCAGACUAGCUGCCACCUAGUUUAGUUGUAGUUUCUGAGUCACCUUCAGAGGUAGCCCCACAUACUUCCACCUUAAUUCACAGCUUGAAUCUGACUGGAAAUCACCUGUAGCAAUGGCCCUGCGGCUGUUGCUGAACACCAUCUCCCAACCACCCCAGCAGCCAGCAUAGCCUAUGGUCAGGGAUGUUGGUAGUUGUGGUCCAGCAACAACUGGAGGACAGCAAGUUUCCCACCUGCAGGAGCACACUGGGAUCCACGGGAAGCGUGAUUUCCCAUGCUUCCUAGGUCAAACAGUUGGCACAGGAGCCACUGGAAACUGCAACUCCCAUGGAUCCCCGUGACACUGUUGAUUACAAGCCCUGCUUCCCCACAAAACAAAAUUUGGGCACAGAUCUGGUUAAAGCUCUGAAGACAAGCCAGUAAAUUUGAAGAAGGCAAGGCACUAUCUGGGCUACUUUUGAUAAUAGAGGGAUCUGGAAAAGUGGUGAGCAACUGUGAGGCAAGGAUGGGUUUGCACCAACCUCUGCCUGCUUUUGCUUCUCCAAUCCCUUCUGGUGGACAGCAGUCCUGCCUCCUUCCUCAGAAUAAACAGGUCUCGAGGGUCCUCAGAUGCCUGGGGUUUCCCUUUUGCUGCACUUUAAGCUUUUAAACACGGGUGGUGCUGUGGGUUAAACCACAGAGCCUAGGACUUGCCGAUCAGAAGGUCGGCAGUUCGAAUCCCCCGAUGGGGUGAGCUCCCGUUGCUCGGUCCCUGCUCCUGCCAACCUAGCAGUUCGAAAGCACGUCAAAGUGCAAGUAGAUAAAUAGGUACCACUCCGGCGGGAAGGUCAAAUGCGUUUCCGUGCACUGCUCUGAUUUGCCAGAAGCGGCUUAGUCAUGUUGGCAACACGACCCGGAAGCUGUACACCAGCUCCCUCGGCCAAUAAAGCGAGAUGAGCGCCGCAACCCCAGAGUCGUCCGCAACUGGACCUAAUGGUUAGGGUCCCUUUACCUUUAAGCUUUUAAGAUCUCUGUUCUUUUCAGCUCACCAUCAUUUUUAAGAACAUGAAGGAGUGCAUCGACGAGAAGGUCUACCAAGCGGAAAUAGACAACCUGCCAGUGUCUUUUGUGGAUGGUUCUGUGAAUGGUGGAGCGAGGCCCGGGGGGAGCAGCCUGGUCAUCUACGAGCGCACGCCUGGGCGCCAUGUGGAGAUCCGAGCAGCGCACGUUGGCACCACAAUUGCCGUGCGCCAGACGGGCAGACAGCUGUCCUUCUCCAUCCGGGCGGCCGAGGAGGUGGCUCUCUCCUUCACGGACGAGCAAGAUUUGCAGCUCUGCGUGGGAGGUUGCCCGCCCAGCCAGCGCAUCUCUCGAAGCAAGGGCGAGGGCAGCGGUGCCCUCGAGAAGGCCCGUCUGCUGUGCAAGGAGAAGCUGCCCGUCGAAGAUGUCUACUUCCAGGCUUGUGUCUUUGACGUGGCGACUUCGGGGGAUGCCAGCUUCAUUCUGGCUGCCCGCGGGGCGCUGGAAGACGGCGAAGCGUACCACCCGGACGUCAAGAAACUCCACAUCUUCCAUACCGAUAGGGCUAUGCGCCCCUGCAGCUCCCCCCUCCUCAUUUUCACGUCCGUCGUUUUAGUCUGUCACAUGCACUUUUAUUGGUGACUAUUUAUAUUCUGUAAUGCCAAGGGAUCAGGAGAUGUGGCUGGCUUCUCAUAAAGGCCUCAGCAAGCAAAGCCAGGGCCUUAGAAGAAUUGAGGAAUGGGCUCCCCCAGCUCAUGUUGGAAUGUUGGUGACCCUGGGGAAAGCUCUCCUGCUAGUCCUUGCUACCCUCUUUGUGUCUUGCAGACCACCUCCUUAAGGCCUGGGUGUUUCGUGGCAUCCUUUGGAGCAUCCGUUGCCACUGGGAUCCAUGGGAAUUCUAGUUUCCCAUGGAUCCCGGAAUUAUAAAAAAUUGGCACAGGAUGCAUGGGAAACUUCGGUUCCCAUGCACCCCAGUGAAAAUGGCGAUCAUGAGCCCUGCUCCCCUGGAAACAACAUGUUGGCACAUCACUGGUUGAAACGCUGACAACUCCGAGGCUGAAGACAAGUGUGGAGUAGCAACUGAUAAGUUUCAGGAACUGGGCUGAAACAAUGAAAGUUGGACUCUCGGAGCAUCUACCUUAUUUAUUUAUUUUUAAAGGGAGAGGAUGGGUUGGGAGAAACAGAGCAACAAGUGCUAGACAUCCUCAGGUAACCUUAGAAACCAUGGCACUCUACCCAACACUGUAAGUUGUCAUUCCUUAGAAACACUUUCUCCCAAAAAACAAUUAUGUGUUAUUUAAUUCCUUCUGAAAACUGGUGACCAAUAGCUUGCUAUGCAAAUCUCUCUCACACAAAUGCUGGUCACUUUAAGACCCCCUCCCCAUGUCAGUGUUUUGGGUAAACUACUCUGGGCCUGAGUAUCUGUCAGGAGUUAUUCCUAACCAAACAUGAAACCAGAAACUCCUCAAAUAUCGAAGGCAGGGGUGGGGUGCUUGUGGGAAAUGGGAUGUUGGUUUAACAGGAUCUGGAGGGCAAGAGAUAUUCCCUGGAACGGAUACUUCGAUGCCAUAACUUGGAAGGCGUGGACCCUCAACUCAUCAAGUCCCAGACGAACCCUGCUGUUCUCCCAAAGUCUGUCCGUUUGUUUUCAGGCAAAUCCGUUUUCUGCCACUUUUCAUGAUCCGGGAUCUGGAGAGUGAGGUUUAAAUGAUGCACUGCGAUGGUUCUGUUAAGGCUCUUCAGAAAGCUGGGAGAAUCUUAUGGUUGACUUAAAGAAUGUCAACGAAAAAGUUCGCAUAUUUAAUAUAUUAAAGUUGACGACGUUUCAUUUGAUAGUUGUAUCGCUUAGUGGUCACCCUUUCCCACGGAGGCUGCUUGUGCGAGCCACAUGGAACGCUUGCUGUGGAGCAGUGCUUUAGUAACUGGUUUUCCAGUAACUGGUUUUCACUGCUGCCUAAGACCCCAUUUAAACCACCCAUUUAAAGCCCCACGAUACCACUUCAAGCAGCCAAGCAGAGAAUCGUGGGAGGUGUAGUUUGUUAAGAUUGCUGAGAAGAGUUUGGAGACCUUCCUGUUCCCCUCCCAGAGCUACAAUUCUCCGAGUUGUUUAACCACCAAUCUCUCUCUCCAUCGGUUGCUCUGGGAAUUGUAGCACUGGGAGGGGGCUAGGGGGUUGCCUAACAAUUCCCAGCACGCUUAGCAAACUACAGCUCCCAGGAUUAUUUGGGGGCAGUCGUGUUAUGAUGCUUUAGAUGGAUGGUGGGAAUGGGGCAUAAACCUCUGGAGGCUGGAAAAGACUGCUACAGCUUAAAGCUGUAGUACCUUUCCAGGCACUGAAAGGGGGAAAUCCUACAUUUCUCAGCACCAGAAUGGAAAACUGAGAGCGAUGGGAAAUGGAGGAGGGUCUGUGAUGAACCAAGACUCUGUUCUUCCCUUCCAUGUCUCUGCCUCAGAAACCCGACUUGGUUCCUGUCAGUUUCAGCUUCUGAACUCCACGCAUGCUGAUCGGUAUUGUUCUGCAAAGGGUUUGACAUUAAAAUAAUUUAAUUCUGAA